AGUUAUUUUUUUCUAGUCAGGCACCACAGGGUCAGCUUCUCCUACAGAAACAUUUGGGGUCCUUUUUACUUCACGUGUGCGUCUGCUGCUCUGCCAUCGUGAGAAGAAACCAUGCCGAAGUCAAAGAGGGACAAGAAAAUUUCGUUAACGCAAACAGCCAAGAAGGGUCUGCAGUCGAAACAGAAAUUAAUCGAGGAGUUACGGAAAUGUGUGGACACGUACAGAAACCUGUUCAUAUUCUCUGUGGCCAAUAUGAGGAAUAACAAACUGAAAGACAUCAGGACAGCAUGGAAACACAGCAGAUUCUUUUUUGGCAAAAAUAAAGUCAUGGUGAUUGCUCUGGGUAAAGGAGAAACGGACGAAUACAAAGAUAAUUUGCACAAGGUCACUAAGUAUCUACGUGGAGAAGUGGGAGUGCUAUUCACCAAUAAAACAAAGGACGAAGUACAAGAGUAUUUCAAUCAUUUCAAAGAGCUGGAUUAUGCACGAGCAGGCAACCGUGCACUGAUGGACACAACUCUGGAUGAGGGACCCCUUGAACAGUUUCCUCACUCAAUGGAGCCUCAGCUGAGACAAUUGGGACUUCCUACUGCUCUCAAGAAAGGAGUGGUGACUCUGCUGAAGAGCCAUGAAGUCUGUAAGGAGGGAGACGUGCUUACUCCUGAGCAGGCUCGCAUUCUGAAACUCUUUGGCAUCGAAAUGGCCGAAUUCAAGGUGCAGAUCAAAUGUAUGUGGAACUCAGAAACAGGCGAGCUUGAGACCGUUGCUGGUGAGGAAGAGCCUAUGGAUAAUGGAGAGGAAGACGACAAAGAUGCAGAAUGAAACAUCUGAGGGCAGGAGGAGCUUCUUUGCCCUACUUCAACGGCAGAGGGACAUUGAUGUGGAAACUAUUCAGCCUGACUGCCAGCGCUGCCCCGGGAGUGUGAUCUCUCUCCUCCCAUCAAUUUUCUGGCCAAACAUGAACUUUUGUCCUUCAGCCUCGAGUUUUAGCUUCAGACUGAGUUGUUGUUCAGUAAACACUGGUUACUGGACUUAUCGCUAUGAUGAUGAUGCCACUUGUUAUCAACAUGAUUAGAAACGUUGUUUUGUAUUGCCUGCAAGUCAUUUGCCAUUCUGCCAAAACGAAUGAGCACAUGUAUUUUCGUGUGCAAGAAAAAACCUUUUGUUGUUAAAGAAAUUGGUUCUUUUUAAUGUAACAAUUUAAUUAAGGCAGAUUCCAGAGAAGUCUAUUUCUUUCCUGAAAAUAUAAUUUUUAUAUUUGUACAUUUACAAUGAAGUGGUCUUUACAUUAAUACA